UUUAAUUUCAAUUAGCGGAGAAAUAGGGGAAGGAAGUAAGAGAAAAUUGGAAAGGAGAUAGCAAAAAUCCCUUUUUGCCUAACUUCCAAACCCUAAUUUUGAAUAUAAUAAUUGUAUGAAAAAAAUCGUUAAUGGCUGGAGAAGGAAAAUAAAUGGCUAAAGCAAAGCAGCAAAAGCCCAAACCUAGCAGACAAGCCAAACAACCCCAUAGUAAACGGCGCGGCGGAAAGCAAAACGAUGUAUCUGAAUUGCGAGGUCAGCUCGAUGUUUUAGGAUUGAAAAUAAUUCAGGUUACUGCAGAUGGUAAUUGUUUUUUCAGAGCAUUGGCAGAUCAAUUGGAAGGGGAUGAAGACGAGCACGAGAAGUAUCGGAGUAUGGUGGUUCGAUUUAUUAAGAAUAAUCGUGAAAUGUUCGAGCCCUUUGUUGAAGACGAAGUUCCGUUUGAUGAGUACUGUCGAUCCAUGGGAGAGGAUGGCACUUGGGCAGGGAAUAUGGAAUUACAAGCAGCUUCUCUUGUCACUCGAUGUAACAUAUGCAUUCACAGACAUAUGUCUCCGCGAUGGUAUAUACAGAAUUUCAAUAAACAUGAAGUUACGAUGAUUCAUCUUUCUUAUCACGAUGGAGAGCAUUAUAACAGUGUGCGCUCGAAGGAGGACACUUGCUCUGGACCAGCUAGGCCGAUCGUUAUAAAGGGCGAUGCUGAUCUUUCUACGAAAUCCAGUCAACCAAAAGCAGCUGCUUCGAAGUCCAAAGAAGAAGGUGGACGGAACGCUGUUCACGACGACUCCCUUAAAUUGGUUAAGGCAGGAAGUGGAUGCGAAGAUGUAAGAAAGAUUGAACAGGCUUUGCAACAAGUGGGCGGUGAUGUUGACGCUGCAAUAGAAGUCCUUGUGGCUGAACAAGGAUCUAUUGAUCAGAUAAUUGCCGAAGAUGAAUUUUCUCAUCCGGCAGAGACUGCACAUGAUGAACUUCAAGCUGAGAUCUCUGAGAAGCACGACUUAAAAGUCGAAGACACGACAUGCAAGCUGGAGUUAUCUGGCAGUGACGUGGAAACAAAACGCACAAAGAAAAACCCGCAUCCUGAUGACAAGAAAAUAUCAAGAAACAAGGCUUGCCCAUGUGGCUCGAAAAAGAAGCACAAGUCUUGCUGCGGCUCAGUUGCUGGAAAAUCUUCUGCCAGGUUUCCGGUUAACCAAACGGUUGACUAUGGAAAGACUCGGAAAGAAAGAAAGCAAGCUCGGAAAGGCGGCUCAACUGGUACGAGUUCUACUCAAUCAGACGGAGGGCCACUCGAUAUGGGUUCACUAUGUAUCUAAUCACAUGUAUAGAUAUAUAUAUAUUACAGUGCAGUUGAGCAGCACUUCUUGCGUUUUGAAGACGAUAUUUUUGUGAAAGAAAAGGGAAAAUUUCAACGUCAAGUAAAGUACUCGUUUCUGCGCCAAAAUUCGACCUCGCCAGUGUGUAAUUUUACAAAGUGUUGAGAUUUUCUUUAGAAUAGCGAACUACAAAGUUUUGAGUUUUGACCCCAUUUGCAGGGUGACAUAUAGAGGUUGCAGUAUAUAUAUAGUGUGUAUAAACACAAAAUCCACCAUUGGUAAGGGGAAAGGAUAACAAUAAUAAUUAUUAUUAUUUUUUAUUUGGGUUUUGCAGAAAAGGAAAUUAUAUAUUAUGUAUUUUAUUUUAUUUUUUUGCUUGUAAUGGAACAAUUAUAAAUUUAUUAUCAUAUUUUUGGUCCUACAAUUCCCUUUUAAUAGAAACUAUAAAUUGUAUG